CGGAAAAUCAAAACAGAGAAACAUUUUACAGAUUUUAUUAUUUUAUACUGAAAAUAAGAUUCAAGCCAGGGACCAAAAUCCAAGAUGAAGUUGUGAACAUUUUAGAAACAUUAGAUACAAUUUAUAAAGAUGAUGCUGUCUCUUUAGGAUUCAUUGACUUGAUAAACUUUAUGUGGCCAAAUGGAGCCAAACUGGAAUGGGAUUCGGAAUCAGCUAGAGUUCCAACAGAGCGAAGGCUGAUUGUUUUUGAAAAGCGUCAAAAGGACCGCACUUGUUUAUCACAUUCCCGUAAAGUCAAACUUUACACGCCAAAAGCAAUAGCAUACACUGGCAGCUUGACAGUUGAUUUACUGGUUCAAUUCAUAAACGAACACUGUAGAACAUUCAGACAAUCAAAUGGUCAUUUGUCUGCAAUGGGUCUCCAUAAAGAAUACAUUCUGGAUAAUUUGUUCAAGGUUGCAGACAAUAGCAUCACGUUGAAAACACUUAACGAAUCACCCAACAAUCCACUUAAGAGAGAUACAGCCUCUAAACACUGCAUAAUAAAAGAAGAUGGGAGCAAAAAGUGUGAUGAAAACUAUAAUGAAAAUAAAUAUCUCAAAGAUGCAACAAAACCUGUGAUACCAGAAUGCGAAAGAAUUGAUGCAAGUCAGCUUUCAAAAGAAACAUUUUUCAAUAGUUAUCUUAAACUAUCCAAACCUGUGAUUUUAACAAAUGGAAUGGACGAAUGGGCUGCUUUAGAAAAAUGGACAAAUGAAUAUCUCGUCGAAAAAUUUGGCAAAAAUAACGUUCACAUCAAACUGUCGCCACAUGGAGAAUAUGAGGGUGUUGAACCAGUUGAAUUAUGGGAAGAUUAUGAAAAGUUCAAAAUUCCCGAUGAAGUUUUCUAUCAGCUGAAAUUUCCCGAUUUAGUAGUUGUGCGCCCAGCAUCUACCAAGCUAAGAUUUGACAAAUUCAUGGACCUUGUGACAAAUAUAUCAAGUUCAGAUAACACAGAAGUAUCUGCUUACCUCGAAUAUUCAUCCAUUCCAAAUAACAUGCCAGAGCUUGAGGAGGAUAUUGCGGAGUUUCCUUUUAUUAAAGGAGUAUUGGAAAGAAAGCACCUCAAUGCUUGGAUAAGUGAUGGAAACACACUUGGAAAACUUCACUUUGAUCCAUUUGACAAUUUCCUCUGUCAGAUAUCUGGUAGAAAGCAGCUUAUUCUAUUUGAGCCCCACAACAACAGGCAAAUGUAUGAGGCCCAUAUUCCUGAGGCAACUCUGGGUUUCAAUAAUAUCACUCAAAAAUUCAGACGUAAAACUCUCAUGGAUAGUACAUCUAUGGUCAUGGCUCCAUUUGAUAUACUGAAACCGGAUUUCAAGAGGUUCACAGAGACCAGAGAUAUCAGACCUCUGAACUGUACUAUCAAUGAAGGGGAAGUAUUAUUUAUGCCCUCUUUCUGGUGGCAUGAAGUCCAGUCAUUUCCCAGUGAAACCAUUCCAAGAAAUCUAGCCGUCAAUUUUUGGUAUAAACCAUUUCUUGUAAAGGAGUUUCCCUGUCAAGAAUGUAAGCUGGAUGUCAACCCAGAAUAUUACCACUUACUGGAUGAUAUUCCUACGUGAGCCACACACAUUACAGUUUAACCAGAGAGCAUUCCCUUUGACAGAUAUCAUAUUUACAGUAGGACAUUCACAAUGGAGGAUUAAUUAAAAAAUAUCCUAUGGUUUUGAGGAAUAUCAUUUUUAUCUACGAGGUGAUAGUGGAAAAUGUUUUACAAAAUCGCCAUCCUGAUUACACCAACAUUUCUAUAGCGCACAAAAACCGAUCAGUAUUACACUACACU